AUGUCAGGUCAGCACUCCCGACAGCUUUCCUCUGACGACACCCGGCAACAUAUCAUCUCAUCGCUAUUCGCGAAGAGGGACGAAGAUGGCACACCUGAAGAGACGUUGAUAUCAUAUUUGAAGGUGUACGAGGAAGAUCCAGGUGAUAGCCAUGGAGGACCGAAGUCGAGAUAUCUCAUGCUAGCUGUCACUAAACUUGGCAAAGUGGUGAUACACAAGGCCAAGCGGAAUAACAACCUUUCAUUCUCCAAAGGGAAAACAUGGCAUCUGGAAGAUGUGAGGAUAUUAGAAGUCAUUGGUCCUACCGACUUCGCACUGACAAUGACCAUCCGUCGAUAUCACUGGACGACGGAACGCUCGAAAGAUCAAAGUCAUUUUCUCAACUCGAUAGUCAAAGUGUAUCGAACAUACACGAAGGGAGAAUUACCUGAAUUGAUUAAUUUCACACCUCCUGCUCAACCUCAACCUACCGCACCGAACUAUAGUGGAAGUGACUACAUCCCUACACCACCUCCGCCAAUGGAUCGACAGGGCUCUUUCUCCUCACCCUUAGGCCGCUCUAUGGAACUUGCACCACCGAACAUAAUGAAACAGACUCGUAGCGGAUCAUCCUCCUCAAUGGCAUCAGGAGCUUCAAGCCACUACCAUCAUUCUAACGACGGACGCUCUCGCCCUUCACUCGAGGAGGAAAGAAGACCUUCUCAAAGCGGGAGCGCGUUCAGUCGAUCUCCUCUUGGAGAAUCAUCUGUUCGUAGACCGUCUAUCCCUGAUCAAUCUAACGGUAGGACACCUUCGCCUAGGAAUGCAAACGUACCUAGUCCUUCCAGCUCGAAUGUGGCAUUAGGAAAUGGAUAUCCAAGGAAGGGGUCGGAAGAUAGAUUGACACCGAGUGGGUUGAGGAACGCAUCGGCAGCUUCCGAAUACGAUGGUAUGCCUUCUACCAAUAGUAGGCCGAUGACAAAAGCUUCAAGUGAGGGUCUGAGACCCAUCAACGAAGGUGAUAGAACGACUGUACCGACUCCGAAUGUACCCUCAGGCUCAGGAAGAAGUAGAGAACAGAGUGCUCCUGCUUCCUCUACUGCUUCCGGUACUGGCUCCAAUACACCGUCAACACUACGUCCUACACCGCAAUUACAACCUGAAUCUACAUCACGUCAACAGCCCUCACAGCAGAUGCUCACGCCCACCAUAACCACUACGGAAGCUUCACCUCUCAUACCUUCCGAUCCUACAUUUAGCAGUUCAUCGAACGAUAAUAUUCCAGCACCAGAAAAGAAGUUGACUCGAAGAGCAUCUUUCCACCCUCCACCAUUGGAUACUACAUUCUCGAGAGAAGUUUUGCUGAAAUCGAAAACUGGUAUAUUACCAGGUGCCAUUGGUUUAUCGGUAGAUGAUGGACAGGAGAAUGAUCAGGCAAUCAUGAAUAGUGUAGAAGAGAUGUUAGAAGGAUUUGAUUGGACGGCUGGACUGAAUAAUGCUGGUAGUCUGGGUGAAAGGAAGAAAGGUGGAGCGGAUGCGAUUGAAGGUAGAUUGUUGGAUGAACUGGCUGCGUUGGACUCGGCAAAUAUCCAUGCCUUCCUCGAGUCGGACGAUCGUAUAGCCCAAGUAUUGGGUCAUAUAGACGAAGCAUUAUUGGAAUUGGAUGAUAUUGACUUGCAGAUAACGGGAUAUAAGAUGCAAUUGAACGCCGUAUCGGAUGACAUAUCGUUUAUCGAAUCUCAGAAUAGAGGUCUACAAGUCCAGACGUCCAAUCAGCAAGCUCUGCUGAAUGAGAUCAGACAGCUGCUCCAAAUCGUCGAAGUGCCUCCUGAAGACAUACGAACGCUCACCCAAGAAUCACCUAGUACGCCUAGAGGUGUACAGACACUUGAGAGAGCGGCGGCCUCACUGUACAAAGCUCUCCAAGCUGGUAUGGAUAGUGCUAAUGCCGAAGUUGCGGCGACUAUCGCUCGAAUGCAGGAAUACCGGGAAAACAGUUCACAAUUCUGUAAGAGGGUAGCGGAUUACCUAGAUGUCACAUUUAAGUAUCAGUCGGAUACUACUUUAUCUGAAUACCGUAAAACUGCUAAGAAGACUAUGACUCUUGCACCGCAUCGGUCUAUGGGAGAAUACCUCAUGACGUAUGAAGGAUUGAUCUUAUAUGUCAAGGAGAUGGAUGAAGAGAGAUACCAAAAGCUGUGCUCAAAUUACAUGUCAACUGCCAGUCAGCUACAUCAAUCAGAGAUGAAAGACUUAUUGAUGAAUUUUAUGGGAUCCCUAAAUUCUGCUUUGGGCGAUUCCUCCAACGAUGCCUCAUUCUCAACCGCCGUUGGACCCACUGCCAAUAUCGGAAAACCAUCUGCUCUAAUGAAGUCGAAGACUGUCAUCGGUUUGGGAGGCUCUGGAUCGAAUAAUCAGCAAAAGAAAGAUAAGAAAGGUGGAGAUGAUUACUCUCUCAGAGCUUCCGAUCUAUAUAGACAAGCCUUAACAGAGAUGAUCAACCAGAUAGUCUCUGAGGAAGAUUUCAUCUCCGCGUUCUUGCAUCUCACAGAUACCGAGUCGACUUUCGCGGAUCAUAUGGAGCUUGACAGUUAUUUCAGACGACAGGCUGCACGACAUGCGAGUAAAGGGAUGAGCGUGGGGAUGAUGCAGUUGGUGAGAAGUAUGAUGGAUUUGGUAUUUGGAUUCGUGGAAGGGGAAUUGAGACAGUGGACGGAGGCUGCUGUUGAGAAGGCGCCUGUAGCCAUCAUCGGAAUCAUCGCUGUAACCGAACGUCUGGCUAAAGAAGCAGAAGAAGAGAAUACUUCGAUCUUCUUCACUCAACUGUUUGAUAAGCAACUCGCCAGACAGAGACAGAUGUUAGAUUACUUUGUUAACGAGCAAGUUCGAGUGAUAGAAGCAUCCAAAAUAACCAUCAAGAAACGUAAAGGUGUUGCAUUCUUCGUCAAACAUUUCCCGGUAUUCAUCGAAAAGAUGGAAGCUCAGCUUGAUGGUUCGGAUGACUUGCCCAUCAGAACCAAAGUCAACGAUAUCUACGAGAAGAUAACCAAUACAGUGUUCACGAGUUUACAGCAGCUCGCUAAGAUGGAUAGAGCGGAUAGUCAAGCGGCGGAGGAUAAGGGGCAGCUGAAUUACCAUGUUAUUAUGAUAGAAAACAUGCACCAACUCGUUGAGGAUCUGGAGAAGCUCAAUUCACCCGUACUAGGCGUGUUCUUACAACGUGCGAAAGCUCUAUACGAGGAGAAUAUGGGUAUAUAUGUGAAAUUGCUGUUGAGACGAUCAUUUGGACGAUUCAUGGACUUCUUCGACGGUAUCGAUAGGUUACUAGUGACCACCCCAGCAUCCGAAGUACCCCUUCAUUCAGCUUAUAAUCGAUCUUCCCUCAAGAAGAUUCUGAAAGAUCACGGAUCGUUAAAAGACUUGAGGAAAUCAAUUGAAACUUUAUCAAAGAGAGUUGACAAGCAUUUCAUACUGGAUGAUGACGAGUCCAAUCAACCUGGGUCCAAUAUCAACAGCUCUUCCGCGAAUGUGAUCUUAGUGCAGAUAGUGUGGAAAGAAGUGACAGGUGGAUUGGUCAAGGAGAUUCAGAGAUCACAAGGUAUCAUGUCGAAAUCUUAUGCUGAUUCGGGAUUGGGUUUGGAAUUCACUGUGAAUGAUGUCGAAGGGGUAUGUAAGAGGAUGAAGUGA